GAUUUAAUGUGUAGAUUAUCAUUGCUCCAACUUUUUUACAAGUGUGCAUGGCACAAUCAUACACACCAGUCAUGAAUGAAAAUAUGAAAUGAUUAACAUUAAAGUGAGGACAUCCAGCCAACCUAAUGAAAAUUCAUGACUGCGUGCAUAUAACUGUUUUCACAAAAUAUUGCUGAAGUUUAGAAUUCAGUAACUGUGUUCCUAUCACAUUUUGAUGAAAUUGCGUUCUCGGUGAAUUUUACUCUAUUAAUUUUAUUCAGAUAUAAUUAUUUUUUUCUGCCUGGAGUAAGGAUUCGGGUUUUAAAUGUUUCAAAUUUUCAUGAUAUGUUUUGAUAUUCUGGAGAUAAAUUUGUCACUUCUAUAUUCCUUACAUUAAUUUAUCAUAUUUGUGCAAUUAAAUGAUAAUGAUAAAAAAAACCUCUCCAGAUUUUCAAUUAGGUUUAGGACAUCUGAACAUCAACAAAGAGGUGGAAAACAGAAAAAAAGGGAGUGGAUUUAAGGCAUAAAGGUUCGCAUUGUGAUUCGAUACUGAAUGUUGAUGGAAAUUGUAUAUAUCAUCUUUACUGCACUUUUCUUUUCGCCCUCUUCUUUCCACUUGCUUUUAAUUUUUUUGUAUUUUUACGAUUGAUGUGUAAUUCUUUUCUUUGAAUCACAAAAAAACGGGGGAGGGGGGUGUUUCUGGAAAACUCAUGAACGAGUGCAUGCCAUAUGGUCUUUCGAAGAUGCUACACUAAACAAAGACCCUUCAUGAAAUAAUAGGCCCAAUAUUAUCAUCUACCCUAUCUUCAGAUCAGUGAUCCCACCACACCCUCCGAUCGGUUGCCCAGGGAUCCCAGUCUGCAUGACCGAUAAAUGGAUGCCUUUACCUCGAUCCCUGCUUUGAUUGACCCUUUGUUGUUUACAAACUGGAACGAGGUUUCACGUGAAAAUGGCUUCACGUUUACAAGCAGUAGUCUAUUAAAAAACAAACCUAAAAAAAUCAUAUAAGAAGAGAUAUCAAACAAAUUACAUAGGAAAAAUAAGUUUAUGAAUGAAAAUAUUUGAUUUGAUUGAAUGUAGUCUUAUCAUUCUGUUUGCUUUUCUGAAUACUAGUAUGUUAUUUGUGAAUUAUGAAUUCAUCACAUUUCCUACUUCGAUUCGAUCUUAUAUACUUAGACUACUAGUACGUUAUCUGACCCCAAAUCAACACAACAACAAAUACAUGCGCCCCGCCCUCAAGCUCUCGCGAGUCGCGACUAUACGUUUCGUAUACUAUUUUUGUUGGGAUCGUCGUGCUGAUGUCUUCUGAUGAAAACGCCCGGUGAAAAACGUCAUCUAUUUUCUUAAUCUAACGUUGGAUUUUUCCUGCUCAAUUUGGAUGGUCUUUCCUGUUACUCUGCCUGUGAUACCGAUGUCAACGACAACGUUUAUCUAGAUGCUGAUUGAAUCCGUCGAAGAAGUGACUCGAGUCUGCAUGACUCUCUGAGACUGAGCCUCGGCUGAGCUCUGCCUCGCCUUCAGCUGCCGCUAUGCUCGCGUAGAGGUUGGACAUGUUAGACUAAGACAGUUGGUUGUUUCAUCUUGCUGUUCUGCAUGUAGCCCUUAAAAUUUCAAUUGAAGAGGACCUCUUUCCCUAAGUUGGUACUAAACUGUAGGCAGCCUUAGCCCUUGGCCUUAGCUUAACCAGACUGAGUGUUUAUUUGAAGCAACAGAACUGGCUCAAUUGUUCAUCAUCAUAAUUCAUACUCAUUUUUAGCCCAGCCCAGGCAUUCAUUCUAUUCUAUAUACCAACUAUUGAAAUCAAGGAUUUAUGCAAAAUGGAGAAAGCAGAAAAUGCAGAUAUUCAGAACUUGCAGAACGCAGCGGGAAAUAGCGUUGCCAGUCCAAACACAAGGCGCCGUCUCCUCAAGAUGAAAGCCCCAAACUUGCCAAAGCUUCAUAUCAAAAUACCAUUCCUGAAGCGAGGAUUUCAUGUUGAUGAUGGCCGCGGCUGCCACAGUGCCGAUGUAGUCAGCAACUCCCUUCCAAGUGAGUCGUUCAUGCCUAGUAAAAUAUAUGAUGUCGAGUUGUAUCAUGAUUGCGAAGAAUGUGGUGAGGAAGAUUCAGAGAACCUACCAGAAGGCGAUCACGAUUCUUCCAUCGUCGCCAAGGCAGUGGAACCGGAAGAUGAAGCUGACUCAGACAAGCAUCAAAGCGACCUUGAUGAGAAUGAAAAGGACAAUGAGAAAGAGAUGACAGAAAAUGGACAGGAGAACUCCCAAGAAAAUACAGCUACGGAAGAGGUUGAGAAAGUAUCAACAGAAGGAGCUGCGGCACCAAGUACCAAAGAGGGUUGUCUAAAACCUUGCUUAAAGGUUAAUUACCAUGGUCGACGCAGGGCUAGCACUUACCCAGGACCUCACGACUGCCUGGAGGCUAGCUUCAAGAGAUGCGUCACGUUUUCACCGGACACGGUAGAACCUGCCACCAGGAACUGCAAGUACCGGGAAUGGAUCGAGAAGAAGUGCAUUCACCCGAGGAGCCCCCAGAUCAACGUCAAGCAUGAGAAGAGAAAAUGCCAACUGGUAAGCAUUAUUAAAAUUAAUCAUUCAAGUAAUCAAUUUUAUGCAACGGGCCCCAGGGGCCCGUUUCUCAACACCGUCAUAAGUCUUAACUUCUUGACUAAAUCGGAUAUAGUGAGCUACUUGUCCGCUAACCGUUUCACAAAGCCCUCUUUGCCAAAAUCGGGGACAACAACCUGACUAAAUUUUUAUGACUCCGAAGAACCUGUCAUAACUUCUUAAUGACGUAGUGGCUAGUGGCAUCACGUGGGUAGACUAUGACAUGCAAAAGUGCCUCGAAAUUUGAAAAUUAUAAUCUAACGUAAUCAAUCAUAGGAGUUGAAAUUAGAUGUAUAUAUAUAGCAAAACAAGUGAAAUAGGUCAUUCAGUAAUUAUUGUAUUGCAUAGAAACCAUAAAAACUGUUGGUAAAACGCCUCAAAACCAUUCAUUUUGAAAAAGUAAAUUAAUUGAAUUAAUAAAGAUUCUACCAUGUCAGGCCAUCCAUAACUGGACAUGUAUUUGCUGUUUUCAGACCCUUAUCAACAUUUUUAUAAAUUUUUAUCUCUAAUUUAUGCAUAGAAUUUGUUGAAUUUAUGUUUCAGUAUCAAAGACUUAAACAAUUUAUAGAAAACUAUUAUUUUGAUGUUUGGAUUGUAGGAUGGUUAUUUGGUCAUUUUCUUUAACUUGUGCUUUCUUCAGCUGUUUUACAUAAAAUUUCUGUUCCGUCAUAGGGGUGACAUGUUUCGCGCGAAAUUCGAAACCGCAGCAUAUAUAGGCAUUCUACACCUGUCGUGUGGAGUAGCGCGCUCAAAAUGUGUGAAGAUCGCUUCCCGAAGAACGGUUGUGUCCUCACUUAUGCUAAAACCAGUUUAACGAGGCAAAGCGAUCUUGAAAACUACAUCGCGAGGUGGUUUUCCAAACUGGUUUGCAAGAUCGCUUCCAAGACCGCUUCGACCGUUCUCACUACGCGUUAAACUAGUUUCCACUAAACUAGUUUCCAGUAAACUAGUUUUAGGAACGUAGUGAGAACAGCCUCAAAGAAUCCUCUGUCAAUUCUUUUGUGACCAAGUACUACUAAUUCUAAUUGGGUAAUCCCGGAGGGGGGGGGGGCACUCACAUAUAUUGGUGUUACGGGAACAUGCCGCUUUGAUGACCCCCUUUUUCAGACCUAAUUUUCAGUUCUCUAGAUACUCCGAAUGACAAAAGUUCCUUUCAGAAGCCGCCCUGCCCCGCUGGCAAGACCCUCAUUAGGAAACAUCUCAGUUCCUAGCCCUGCCAAAUUUGACCAGCGCAAACUCCGCAUGCGAGAGCUGCACGCAGGUCUUCACAACUCUCCGCUAGCAGCUCUAUGCAUUGCUAGCACGGGAGGUCACUUCCAUUGACGAGUGGAUACCAUGCGCGACCAUGGGGUCUCGAAAAGCACCCUAAACAUGUAUUUUCCAUAUUCUGAAAAUGCACCCCAUAAUAAGUAUUGGCAUGUGAAACCCUACCCUUAAUAAGUAUUGGAAACAAAACGAUACUAUUGGCAAGUAUUCCCUGAAAUGAACCCCUAAACACAGUAAAUCUACAUUUCAACAUGAUGAAGUUGUUUGGUUGAGUCAGUGCUAAGUUCCAAAACCCCAAAAUUAAAAUUUUCUUAAUUGCUAUUAACCCUUUUAUUGAAGGGCAAAUUUGAUCAGAUUUUGAGUUUUGCACAUUUGUAACACUGGAAUUUUCUUUCUUUGCUGCGCACGUUCAACAAAAUUAAUGUUUCUAAAAUUCAUUUACAAAUAUAUUAACUAUAUUUAGUAUUAGGUUCGCCAAUUCAUAUGUUAAACUUUAUUUAUUUCUUUGUGAUUAACAAAACACAAAUGUAGUAUGACUGCUUACUGAAUCAUCGUGUUCUAAAAUGUUUCCAUUUGAUAGUUAGAUUUGGAUUUCACUCUGUAAUGAUAAUUGAAGUUCUUCCUUCAGUUCAACCCAAGAUGCUUAACUUAAUUGAACCGCUAUCUAUAUUAAUUGAAAGAGAAGUCUGCUAUGAAUGAAUUGUUUAAAUACAUUUAAUCAAUAAACUGCUUGGCUUUCAGUGUGAAUAGGCAGUCUAGCUGUACAUACAUGUCACCCCCCCCCACACACGCCUUGAUAAAGAAAAGUGAUAUACCCCCUGUGCUGCCACGGGUGAUUGCUGCUAGUGUGGUUAUAAUUAGGAAAUGGCUUAGUAAAUGAAUGUGGAGUUGUUUUUUAUAGGCCUAUAGUUGAAGGCAGGCUCAAGGUAAUGAUUUGGAUGCUGGUAUAUUUUCAAUGCACAUCAUUGUGUAUACAAUGUAUACUAUAAAGGCCCAUCCAUGUACAUGUCCCGGGGGGAAGGGGUACUCGACCAAAAAAGUAGUAGGUAUGUGCCGCGGGCGAGACAAAAGAGGGGGCCUUGGAGCGGGCUUAUUGUAAAAAGGAGGGUCCUCUGAACGGGCUUCAGAACUACAAAUGUUUGUGAAAACGGGGGGGGGGGGGCCUUGGAACGGGUCGCCUGCGUGUGAGUGCGUAUGCAUCCCUAUGGAACGUGCAUGCAGCUAGCCCGGCGGCACGGGCGCCGGGUGCGCUAGCGCAGAGGCGAUGGUCGGACAGCGCUCUGCGGACGCUUUUCACCAAAAUUGAGGCUCAUUGUAGCAGACCAAUGUGGCCGGAACGGCGUAAUCGAAAAUAUGCGAAGCUUUGGAGCGGAUUUCUUUCUUCUUUUUCCUCGAUAAGAAUAAAAUGCUAUGCUUUGGAGCGGCUUUCUUUGCUCUUUUUCUCAAUAAAGCAAAAAUGCUAUGCCUUGGAACGGAAAUUUGAGUGUAAAAAUGGGGGUCCCCUCCACGGCACAUACCCACUAUGCAUUAUAUACUGAGUGCCCCCCCCCCUGGGUACAUGUCCGGGUACAUGUACUUGUAGCAUUUGGUAGCAGCAUGAUACUAUUAAUAGCUUCGUGGAAUAGCAAUUGACAUAUAAAUGCAUGGGCGAGGGGGGGGGGGGGUAAACUGCCCAAUUUGGAUGAUCCCUUUUACAUGAACUUCAUGAUCAACUCUUGUCACGUGCCAUUAGAUCAUUAAAAGAUAUAUUAUAUCAACAUGUACAUGAAUAUUGUCCCUGAAAGCUUAGGAAGUAAUAAAGGGAAUCUAACGUGCGAGAUUGUAGGGUCAAUUGAUAUGACUAUGACCAUGACAUUGUUUGUUUACCAACCACACUCAAUGAUUGACCUCAGAUAAUAAUAAUAAUAAUUAUAACAUUUGUAGGGCGCUUAAUACAGGUGUUUCUAAGCGCUCAGUUUUCUGCCUAUCAACUAAAUUACCGGG